GUCACGACACAAACCAAAGAUUGCGCUAAUUUAUCAUCCCACCGUAGCGUUAUAUUUGUGCGUAGCUGAUAGCGAUAACGUCUUGCUCGCUUGAUGCAGAAUAUGAUAGUGAUCAUCUUUCCAAUAUUUGCAACUCGUUCCAAUGCAAUGCUAGGAUUGUUAGCUAGCUAGUGCUGAAACAAAAGUGUAAGAUUUGAUACAAAAUGGUACAGAGUUGGACAAGUGACAAUGUACUGUUUAUUGUUGUCGCCCUUAUUUUUGACUCUUAAGUCAAAACUUGCGAUACGGCAACUACUUUCAAGGUUAGUCGUGCAUACAGCUGCAAGUUUUACGGAGAACAUGGUGUCCGGGAGAACGUCUUUCAUAUAUUUUGUUAAACAAGCUAAUCCAACCGUUAAGACCUUUAUAGAGCAGUUAGAGAUGUCUGCAGAUGCUCUAGAGGACUAUGGCAUAUUGAUUGGUAAGGUGAAUUGCUCAGAAGAGACCAUAGAAAAAUACUGCACGGAGGAAGAAGUGAUGAAGAAGAUACAUUUGUUCAGAGGCCCCGAUGUUUUGAGAAGUUUUGAUAUUGACACCGUUUUUGAUGUCAACGCCAUCGUUUCUCACGUGCUGUUCGCCGUGCUCUUCGACGAGGUUCGCUGCGUGCACACACCUGCCGAGCUGGGGCGGGUGGAGAGAGCUGCGAAAGGGACCGCCGACGUAGUGAUGGGCCACAUCCGCGUGCUCGGCCUUCCAGAGCAUCGGGCUUUAAUGGAGGCAGCGUUUGUGUAUGGAGCCAAGUACCAGUUUGUGCAGACCUCAGGAACUCUGCUGCUCAGACACAUGGAGAUUGCUGAUCCUUCAGAUGUACAGGCGUGUCUCUGGUUCCUCCACUGCAGAACAGUGUCCCGGCUGUCUGAGCCCUGUCCACACACACUCAUGAGAAAGCCACUGACCACCAUCAACAUACACACAUUCCUCCAGCUGAUGGAGGCGCCACUUUUGACGGAGGCAGCGGUGGACCCUGCUGAGGUGGACGUGGUAUACAGCCAUCUGAAUGUGCCUGUGAUCUUUCUGUUCUCACGGCCCGAGACGGUUCACCUGGACCGGGUCACCGCGGAGACCCUGGCCUGGAGACUCCGUGGGGAGGCAGGCCUCGUGCUCAUCCACAGGGACAAUCCCAGUGUCAAAACUCCGCUCGUAUAUAAUGCUGCUUAUCGCCUCCCACAGGAGCAGAGCUUGAGGUAUUUUACACUGAAGAAUGUUGAAGAGGUCGUCACCUUAUUGAGAGACCAACUUUUGCCAAAGGAGAGGGAGAAACAAGACAAGGAAGAAGAAAUUGAAUAUGACUGGUCUGGUGUUGGCCCUACUCCUUUGUUUGCAGAUGUCUUGGAUGAUGAGGUAGCGGAGUCAGUGUACAGGGACCGGGGAUUGAUGCUAGACAUGGACAAGGUGCCCGAGCUCACGGCCGACACUUUUAGUGCUGCAGUGAUGCAACAUGGCCUCAUGGUGGUGCUGUUCUAUGUGAAAUGGGAUGCUGUAUCCAUGGCUUUUCUGCAGUCAUUUGUAGAGGUUGCUCAUGCACUUGAAGGUGUGAAUGGGCUAGACCUGGCCUCCGUGAACUGCGGAGAGUGGACAGAUGUGUGCGGUGAUCAGAACAUCACCUCCUUCCCCUUUGUGCUGCUGUACCAACCUGGGGAGGCUGCCCAGCCCUACAGGGGCAUGCUGGGAGCUGAGAGCCUCCACACAUUCCUCCUCCUGCGUCAAGACCCCAGCCCUCUCGAGCUCUCCUCUCUGGCAGAGGUGGCGUCCUUCCUGGAAGGGGAUUUGUACAGUAGGCACUUGGCUCACUCCCCUGUGCGGGUGAUGGGUCUUUUCACAUCCGCAGACCAGGGAGUGGCUGUAUUUGUGGAAGCUGCAAAGUCUCUGAGAGGGGAGAUACUCUUGGGGCUGUUUGUGAACAAAGUGGCUGACGCAUGGACUGAUGGACACACUGUGAGCCUCCCCGCUCUCUUGGUGUCUCGGGGACCUGGAGUUCAACAGGAAGCCCAUACUCUCCUCCCAUCUACAUCACAGAACCUGGCUGAACGAAUUCGGUGCAUCGUACUGGACACAUUUCCUGAGCUGACUGUGGAGAACCUGCCCUGGUAUCUGGAGCAAGGCAAACCCUUGCUCUUACUCUUCGUUGGGGGAGGAGAGGGUCCCUUGAUGACUCAGCCCCUGGAGGAGAUGCGGAUGGCUCAAAGUGUGGGGCAGCUUGUCGAUGUCCUUCCCUGCUGGAUCCACUUGGGCCGCACGCCUGCCGGGAGGUCUGUCCUGAAGGCAUACCUGGGGUUUGUGCCUCCACUUCCAGCUUUGGUGCUCUCAAGAAUAGGAGGCGACGGAGAGGUGUUCCACUUCCCACCAGAGCGCCCCUUGCUGUCUAAGAACAUCGUCCAAUGGCUGCAGAGAAUAGAGAACAACCAGGAGCAGUGUGCAGGUGCGAUCCCAGAAGUGGCAUGGGACCCUCCAGUGCCGUUUUACGACUUCCUAGCCAUCAUGGACGAGGAGGCCCCUGGUUACGCAGCUCAGCGGAGCCCUAAAGUGAAACCCAAGGGCAAGAAGGAGCAGCCAGCCGGCGAGGCGAGGCAGGAGGCGGGGACGUCUGCUGGCAGAGGGGCUGAAGAGACGAGGCAGGACGUGGAGGGGACGUCUGCCGGAAGAGGAGCCGGCGAGGCGAGGCAGGAGAAGGAGGGGACAUCUGUUGGAAGAGGAGCCCGCGAGGCAAGACAGGACGAGGAGGGGAUGUUUGCUGGAGGAGGAGUCGACGAAGCGAGGAUGGAGGAGGAGGAGGAGGGGAUGUCUGCUGGAAGAGGAGCCGGCGAGGCAGGAAGAGGGGAUGUCUGCUGGAAGAGGAGCCGGCAAGGCGAGGCAGUGGAAGGAGGGGACGUCUGCUGCAAGAGGAGCUGGCGAGGUGAGGCAGGAGGAGAGGACGUCUGCUGGAAAAGGAGUCGGCGAGGCGAGGCAGUAGAAGGAGGGGACAUCUGCUGGAAGAGGAGCUGCAGGAGCUGCUCUUAACCCUCAAACACAUCUUCAACAAACUGAACUAUAGAGCCAGUCGCUAUAUAUAACAGAAACAGUCAUGCUCCUAUUUAUAUUUGUAUAGACACAAAUUGUGUCCACACAACCUCCUUUCAGUGCACAAUAAUACCUCAGAUCUGAUGUUGCCAUAUAUCACACCCAGAUCUUACAGACCUAUUUCAAUUUAUAUUCAUGAUUUAUUUCAUGUUAACUGAGACAUUCAUACCUAAAACUGUUUUGCUUCUGUAUUAUUAUUAUUAUUAUUGUUAUAAUAAUAACAAUAAUAAUUAUAUUAUUAAGAAGUUUUUGUGAAGUUUUUUGAAAAAUAUUUCAAUUGUGCUUGUGCGUGCAAGAGAAUGAGAGAGAGAGCUUGUGAGAAGCUCAUUAAAGUCUCCUGCAGCACACAUGGGCCUGUGAUGCGAGGGAGAGCCUGUUUGUGGCCGGCUCCCCUGCAUAUUUACAAGCGAGUGCUCAGGAGGCCUGGGGUUUUACUAGUCAUGUUCUUCCUUUUUUUCCAUUAUGCUUUUGACAUGUAAACAUAAACAUUCCUUUACAAAUUACAGCAUAUACAGAUACGUAUAUGUUUCGUUUCCUGUGACAUUAAGGCUGAUUUAGUAUAGUUACC